AUGCUCGGCAAGAAAAUGACGGAAGAAUUGCGUUACUACGCACGCUCGGAGCGUCACCUGAACGCGCUGCAGACGUGGUUGGAACAUGCAAAGCCCUCGUACUCUAUUGCAGUAACUUCUGAAGGCUCGAACGUUUUGCAAAGAAAGCUUUUCUCGCUGUUAAAGACGCAAGAACUGGGUGGUGUCGUGCUCUAUAGCCCCACAUUGGGAUCGACGCAGACGCUGCUACGCGAGACACUUAAGCCCAUGGCACCGCCUGGUCUCGUGUGCUACACCGAACUGCAGUUGAGCGGUAAGGGACGAGGCACCAACACGUGGUCGUCGCCCGAAGGUUGUCUUACCUUUUCUUUCCAGAGCGCCUUUGUGGAUGGCACGACGCUGCCUUUUGUACAAUAUCUCGUGUCAUUGGCUAUCAUCAAGGCCGUGGAGGUAGUGCAUGCUGCAGUGCCUGGUACUGCUGGACCCGUGAGGAUCAAGUGGCCCAAUGACAUUUACGCUAAUCAGGUCAAGAUCGGGGGCAUCUUGUGCCAGUCCGAGUACCGCGACGGCACUUUCAGCGUCACGACAGGCAUUGGCAUUAACAUUUCGAACCGGUCGCCGACGAUCUGUCUUCAGGACAUCUUGAGCUCGGAGGAGCACCCUUGUACCAUCACAAAGGAAGAGUUUUUGGCGGCGUUUUGUAACGUGUACGAGCCCAUGGAGAAGCUGUUCCUCGAAAAAGGAUUUGAGCCGUUCAUGACCGAUUAUUUAGCACGAUGGCUGCACACGGACCAGGUAGUGCAGGUCACGAGCAGUGACGAUGCAAGCGGUGAGAAGGUAUCUGCUGUCAUUAAGGGACUUACCAGUACGGGCUGCCUCUUGGCACAAGAUGACGAUGGUUCGCGUCUCGAGCUCUACCCGGACGGAAACUCGUUCGACUUCUUGACCGGCUUGCUGAAGCGCAAGUUGUAG